CCUGCAAACUCACACCGACACAAAUCAGAAGUCAGUAGAAACAUCUUACCGAGCCCUACAUACUCAAAUCAUCCAUGCAGAAACCGGCCUACGUAUUACUAUGAAUAAUGCAAUCAACCGGAUUCAACAACUUACGCAAAGAUUGGCGGAUACACACGACAACGAAAUCACUGAGUCCUUAUACCGGAUAUCUGAAAAUCUCUAUAACCUGCUUCGCUUACAUCAAGAUGCCACUGAUUUAGUUGUUGAAGUUGCCAACGGCUUUGGAUUGCAAAUGGAAUUGAACGAUGAGCGAUGGGAUACAGCGGUGGUCAACAGUUUAAUUGCAACACUCCAAACAACUAUGGAACAACGACGUGUAGCCGAAGAAGUAAACAUUCAGCAUCACGACUUAGAAACGCAGGAACUUUUGGAUAUGAUGGACCUUGCAGCUAUGGAAAUACCACGUUUGAUGGAUGAUCUCAACACUCAUAUUCAACAACACACAGUGUCCUUUCGUCAAUUUGACCAAGCUCGCCAACUUUAUUUUGGGAAUGAUGAAUUUGGAAAUCAGGUCUUGAUGAAUACUAUAAUUGAUCAUUGCCAGCAAGCUGGGGCUCCAAUAACAGUUUUGGGAACGCACAUACAACUAUCGACCGCUUAUAUUAGUCGACAUUGCGAUAUCUUUACCAAGUAUGCUUUCAACAUUGCUGUAUAUUUUGAUGAAUACAACAACGCAACAACGAAUGCAGCAAACCCCGUCCAAACCAAAGUACCACGAACUUGGUGUUUUGAGAAGAUCCGUGACCUUGAUGAUUAUCCAAGAAUGGGACGACGACGACGCUCAAAAUUAGCAACUUUAGUACAAGAAAUCAUUCCAAAAAACGACAACUUGGACCAUCACCGCCAUCAAUUAGAGUAUCUAUCUGAUGAAUCAAUGACACAACUUCAAACAUUAAUCACUGACACCCGACAACAGAUCCUAUGCUCGACGCAGUAUCUAGAAAAUCCCCAAGAAAACCAACAUCUUCUGCCCAACUGUUUUACGCCGGAUGUCAAUCAUGUUAUCAAAAAGAAGAGACUAUACAACCUUGUACCAAAGCCCUCUUUUGUGAAGAAACAUAUCAAGAUCAACAGUACGAUUAGGAAUCAGAUUCUCCGCUCACUAGAUCUUGGUCAUUACGUUAACGGAAAUUCAACAUUAUCUCGUGUUCUCAAACUUGAGAAGAUUAGAAGACAUGACAGCAUGGUUUUUUCCAAUUAUAUUAUGACAGACGGCUUUUCUGUAUCCGUUCCUUUUGACAAACCGGUUGGACAUGGUGAAGCUUUGCCAGAUUUGGUGCCAGCAGACUUUUGCGAGUGGGAAUUUGAUUAUCUCAAUGUUUGGGGCGCAGAUCCCGGAAUUACAAGUAUAUAUGUAGCAAGCAAUGGGUCAAGUAAUGAUGUUUAUGACAGUGCACUGGAUCAUGAAGGUAAGUGGUUAUCUUGGUUUUUUUUUUUUUUUUUUUUUUUUUUUUUUACGUGAACUUAUUAUUAACAUCAUUCUUAUUACGAUUGUUAUUAGAUGUUAUUCAAGGUUAUUCUCCCCAAGAUGCUAACACAGGUGAAGCUACCACAGGUGAUGCUGCUCCAGAUGAUGCUGCUCCAGAUGAUGCUGCUCCAGAUGAUGAUGCUCC